AUGAGCCCACACCAGAUCCACACCCACCUGGUGGGCUGCUCCGGGGGCAUCCAGGUGGGCUGGCAGUGCCAGCGGGACCGCUUUGUGGGGCCGGGGCCGGGGCCACCUCUGCUGCUGCACCGGGCACCUGGCGAGGUGCUGCCCGCUCCGGCUCGGGAUGUCCGCCCGCUCUGGGGCCGUUUCGGGGUUCGCCGGGGUCACUCCGCCAGCGAGGCGAUGCCGCCUGCCAAGGCAGGAGGGAGCGGGGAGGGCGGGGAGGAGGGAGGGAGGAGGCACGGGAGGAUCGGCUGCUGCCCGCCGGCUGCCAGCGCGGCCGGCUCGGGACGGGGCUCCGCGGGCACCGCCGGGCACCGAGCGGGGCUUCUGCCGGGCCGGCUGGGGGGGCCACGGGGGGCCGCGCACGUCUGUGUGCCCACCCCGCACCUCUGGGUGCCUCCUCUGCAUCUUGUUUUUCCACAAAUUCUUCCAGGAAAGCCCAAGGUGUACCAAGGUGUGAGGGUGAAGAUCACAGUCAAGGAGUUGCUGCAGCAGAGGAGAGCACGACAAGCAGCCACUGGUUCAGCAGAAAAAGUGAAAGGUGGUGGGGAGGGAAGUCACCUCGGUGACCUGCACAAGGACAGCAGCAGCAGCAGCAGCAGCAGCAGCAGCAGCAGCAGCAUCCAGUUUGCAGAGUCUGUGUCUCCGCCUCACCCAGAACCUUUUGAAGCAGAACCCAUCCCUCCUGUGCCCAGCUGCUGCCCGUCCUGGCAGUUUUCCAGCUGCCUCUCCUGUGAGGAAAGCCCUGGAUACCUGGAGCAGCUGAUAGAUUCCUGCCUGCAGUCGGAUGCACCCUCCGAGCCAGCCUUCAGUGCCUUCCAGCCAUCCUCACACUACACCCCAGACACCUUCCAGCCAGUCCAGCUCUGCUUCAACCAGGGCCUGGCUGCCAGCUCGCCCAGCUCAGCCGACCUGCCCAGCCCGUGGAACUCCAGCUGCUCUCCCCCUCAGCUCUCUCCCCUCACCCCUCUGACCCCCAGCCCACCCUACAGCUGCCCCAUGGAGGAGUGGCCCUGCCACCCCCCCUGCCCCUUGCCCAGCCCUGCCUGCUGCUGCACAGCCUGUGGCUCCAGGGACAGCAGGGGCCCGCAGUGCUUCCCCUGCCCCAGCACGGACUGCACGGAAUUCCUGCCACCCCUGGCCCUGGCCGAGGACUUCUUCAGGAGGGACAGGAGCUGUGACAUUUGCUACAGCUAA